AUGGCCAGUCAACUCCUCAAUCUAGGCCUCUGGUGGUUCCUACCCGCGCAGGUCACCGCCUAUGCUCAACCCGUCUUAUACCGCAUCUUCAUUCGAGCUGGUGAUCCUCAUCCAGCUCCCAACUCACCCCGUUUCAUCCGCGACCGGAAGCGGAUCCACACGGCUGUGAUCCUGCUCUACCUUCUCUAUACCAUCAUCGAUGCGGAACACCAGAUUCAACAAUCCUCAAAUUUCUACCAUGUGCUCAAGGUUCCGUUGGACGCCUCGAAGCAAGCGGUAGGAAGUCGCUGGCGUCGACUCGCUGCCUCACUCCACCCUGACAAGGCUGUCGGCCAAGACACGGCUGCCCUCUUCACCAAACUCAAAGCCAUGUCUGAUGUUCUCUCUGAUCCCACUAAGAGAUUCGCAUACGAUCGCUUCGGUCCCGAUAUCCUUGGAUGGCAAAACUGCAAGAUUACCCGCGACUACAUCGUGGCAGGUCUCUACCAACUUACUGCCUACUACGUCGGAUCUGCCGGAAUCCUGCUCCUCAUAGCGUGGGCUGGUUAUCUUCAAUCCGGUGUCUUCUGGAGAUUCUACAUCAUGUUCGCCAUGUUUGUAUUCGAAGUGAUGUCUGCCACCCGACCAGAGUUUCUCGGCGUACUUACCAAAUUCAACACUCUCCUCCGAUGGACUGGUUUAAGAGCGGAAUUCCUCCCCUUCCAAUUCAUAGUCCUAUUGAGGAAACUGGCAUUCACAGUAUUCAUCGCAUUGAACCAACUUGGACCACUGUUUGAACACAGUGAGGAUAAGGGAUUGGAAAAGGGAGAGCGGGCGCUGGUUCAAGGUCUUGAUGCGGUGAACGCCAGGAUCGAUGCGCUAGAUGGGGAAAUGACGAACAUCUUGAAAAUGGAAAUGCUGCCGUUUGCGACGAAGCAGGACGAUUUGGACCUGUUCAAGCGAGGAAUGCAAGGUUUCUUGGAGCAAAACACGGUGAGAAAUUCUGAUGAGGUGAAAACGGUCGUCAAGGAGGUCUUGACGCGCAGGAGGGCGGCGCAGGGUGCUGCUGCUGAGGGAAACUAG